CAAUCACUGGCGAGCACCGUUUGCAUCGAGCCUCUUUGAUAAGGCUCCUUCCUAUAACGGGUACACUCGGGCGCGAUAGCAACACUGCGGUUUCCCAAGGCGCGAUUUCGUGCACCCCCCAGGCUCCUUCCUAUAUUAAACCCUCUUCCCCACCGCCGGGACUGUUUCUGUCCUUGUCCACCUCAUCGACCUCCCACCCGAAGAACAACCAAGCUCGGAACACGCACACUCAACCCAACUGCGUGCCCACCAUGCCAGGUGAUAUCGAAGAUGCUCAAAUCGGCCCUCGGCUGGACCCCGCCCUCAAGGACCACUCCGGCGACCCAGAGCGCAAGCUCUCAGCCGCUGAGCACUCCAUCGAGGUGCCGCCAGUCUAUGCUGGUGAGGCUACUCUCCAGAGCGAGUACAUCGAUGUGACCACACUUCCCACCGAGGAAGAACUCCACACUCUCCGCCGUGUCCCCGACAAGAUCCCGUGGAAGGUCUACACAAUCGCCUUCGUCGAGCUGGUGGAGCGCAUGUCAUACUACGGUACGACUGCUGUCUUCACCAAUUUCAUUCAGAAGCCAAACCCGGGUACUGCGACUGGGGCGGCUCCCAAUCCCAGCGCUUCCAAUGCCCACCCUGGUGCUUUGGGUCUUGGGCAACAGACCUCCACUGGUGUGACGACCUUCAAUCAGUUUUGGGUCUAUGUCAUGCCGCUUCUGGGAGCCUACAUUGCCGACACGUACCUUGGACGAUUCAAGACUAUCAUCUAUGCGGUCAUCGUUGCUGAAAUCGGUCACGUCCUGCUCACUGCGUCUGCUGCCCCGUACUUCAUCGCCAGGCCUCACAACUCUCUUGGUCUCUUCAUGGUCGGUCUCAUCAUCAUGGGCGUCGGCACUGGUUGUUUCAAACCAAACAUCUCGCCCCUCAUUGUUGAACAGAUACCCCGUCAGGCCAUGCACGUCAAGACCACUAAGAAGGGAGAACGAGUCAUUGUAGACCCGGCCGUCACCACGACCCGAAUUUACAAUUGGUUCUACCUUUUCAUCAAUGUCGGUGCCUUGAUUGGUCAGCUCGGUAUGGUGUAUGCUGAACGUUAUGUUGGCUUCUACCUAGCCUAUCUCAUCCCAACUCUCUUUUUCCUAACCUGCUUCCCGGUUUUGGCUUUCUGCAGGAAGCGGUACAUCUUGCGACCACCGGAGGGUAGUGUAUUGGCUCCUGCUUGCAAGCUGUUUUGGUUGGCCUUGAAGGGACGUUGGCAUUUGAAUCCAUUGGCCACCUGGAGGCAUUGGAAUGACGGCACUUUCUGGGAGAACGUCAAGCCUUCUCAUUUGGGAGCUUCUAGGCCAUCGUGGAUGAACUUCGACGACGCUUGGGUGGAUGAGGUCGCUCGUGGCUGGGCAGCCUGCAGUGUCUUCUUGUGGUAUCCGUUGUACUGGCUCACCUAUAACCAAAUCAAUGGAAACUUGACCUCGCAAGCGAACACCAUGUCCCUCCAUGGGGUGCCGAAUGAUGUGCUUAACAACCUCGACCCCUUCGCCAUCAUGAUCUUUGUGCCGUUGAUGGAUCUCGUUGUCUACCCAAUGCUCCGUAAGCGUGGGAUCAAGUUCACGCCCAUCAAGAAAAUCACGGCCGGAUUCUUCCUCGGUAGCGCGGCGAUGGUUUGGGCUGCAGUUCUCCAGCACUACAUCUACAAGACAUCCCCCUGUGGCUACCAUGCUAGCGACGAUGGUUGCACGUCUCCGAUCAACGUCUGGGCUCAGACUGGUUGCUACGUCUUGAUCGCGUUCUCUGAGAUCCUGGCCUCCGUCACGUCGCUUGAGUAUGCUUACACCAAGGCACCUAAGAACAUGCGUUCCCUCGUCCAGGCUUUCUGUCUUUUCCAGAGCGCCCUAUCCGCUGCGCUUGGUGAGGCCUUUGUUCCACUGUUAUUGGACCCACUCCUCGUCUGGAAUUAUGGCUCCAUGGCUGUAAUUAGCUUCAUUGGCGGCUGCAUCUUCUGGUUCCAGUAUCGAAAGCUCGACAAGGAGGAGGAUCACCUCAACAUGCUUCCGACGGGUCAUAUUGGCACUCGUGCUCAGGCCGAGGACAUCGAACACCGCUUGGACAUGUCUGAAUCGAAGCUCCAUGCUGGUUAGAGAGUGGCGAGGAGCAAGAAGUGGAGAUGAAGCUGGAAUGUUGGUGCAAUUGUGCCGGGAGCGAGCCAUUUAGCAAAUGCAAUGUUUACGUCCUCUGAGGGAACCACUGAGAAUUUAAAUGAGUGAGAGUAAUUUGUGGACCCCUAGUGAAGAAACAUAGCCUGAAUACCGAAGUAACUUUGGCAUUGCUCGCAUUGCCUCUUUAGCGAUUAACUG